CUCAGCAAGAGGAGCUAUCCUCAAUUCUCCAAUUAGUAUGUUCUGAGAUGAUGAUUUUGAUCUCUUCUUCCCGUCGAGGGCUGGUUGGCGCCGCCGGACUACUCACGUUUCAGCUUCUGGUGGCGGGGGCACUGGCAGCAAGCCCAAUAGCUUUGCCCGGCUGCCCGGAAACCUGCGGCGACAUUGCCGUGCCGUACCCUUUCGGCAUCGGCCAAGGCUGCUUCCACGAGGGCUUUAAUCUCACCUGCCAGAAGCAGCACAGGACGAAGCUGCUCUUAGGUGAUGGCAUAGAGGUGCUUGGUAUCUCCUUGCCUAACGGCACGGUGCGGAUCGAUAGCAAUGUUUUCCAAUCAGCCUCUGCUAACUUCAACGGCACAUGGUCCGGGCCACCAGCAACCAGCCCUUUCACGGUGUCAAGCAGAUACAACUGGUUUGUGGCCUACGGGUGUAACAUCGUUGCCCAGCUCAUUCCAUAUGGAACCGCUGUCGGGAACGUCAGCACCUGCGCCUCCAUGUGUUUGGACAGCGUGGAGAAUGCCAAGAGCCCAAUAUGUUCAGGCAUUGGCAGUUGUCGCGCGCCCAUACCCUGGGAACUAACUUCAUAUGGUAUCCAAGUCACACAUUUGGCCGUUCAAAAAUAUACAGUUGGAACAUCUUCGAAACAUACAGCUGCAUUCAUAGUGGAUCGGGCCUGGUUCACCAUAUUUCAGAACAAUAUUGAGAUAGAUCCCGUUCCCAUGUGUGAACAUUGCGGCAUUCGUAGUGUUCCGGCAGUUUUAGAGUGGUCAUUGCAUUCUAAUUCGAGAUGCCGAAGCUCAAACAGUUUCACCACCUAUGAUGUUGAUGGCAAUCAUGGCCGGAUACGCUGUAACUGUACCCAAGGAUAUAAAGGAAAUCCAUACAUUGCCGAUGGAUGCCAAGAUAUCGACGAGUGCCAGGAGCCAGGUGUUUAUCCAUGCCUGCACGGAACCUGCACCAAUAUGAGAGGGACAUACCGAUGCUCAGCAAAGAAAAGUAACAGGAGUCUAUCAGGUUUAAUCACCGGAGUUGCAAUUAGUGCCGGUUUUGGCCUGCUGUUUUCAUUUUUGGGUGUUGCCAAAAUCGCCAAUAAGCUCAAACAACGAAGAGCUAGGAAUUUGAGACAGAAGUUCUUUAAGAAAAACCAUGGACUGCUCCUACAACAGCUAAUCUCUUCAAACAAAGAUAUAGCAGAGAGAACGAGAAUUUUCAGCUUGGAAGAGCUAGAUCAGGCAACCAACAAAUUUGACCAUAAUCGCAUCCUUGGCGGCGGUGGCCAUGGUACGGUGUAUAAAGGCAUCUUAUCUGAUCAACAUGUUGUGGCCAUCAAGAAGGCUAAAAUUGUCAUUCAAAGGGAAAUUGACCAGUUCAUCAAUGAGGUUGUCAUACUUUCACAAACAAACCAUAGGAAUGUGGUGAAGCUCUUUGGCUGCUGCCUCGAGACAGAAGUUCCUCUACUAGUUUAUGAGUUCAUAUCAAAUGGAACUCUCUCUUUUCAUCUCCAUGGAAAAAGUGAGAAUCCUUUGUCAUGGAAAGAUAGGUUGAGGAUUGCUUUGGAAACUGCAAGGGCUAUUGCAUAUCUACACUCUGCUGCUUCCAUAUCAGUAUACCAUAGAGAUAUCAAAUGUGCAAACAUACUUCUUUCUGAUACUUUAACAGCAAAAGUAUCAGAUUUUGGAGCUUCAAGGUCAAUUGCAAUAGAUGAGACAGGAAUACUUACAGCUGUCCAAGGAACCUAUGGUUACCUUGAUCCAGAAUACUACUACACUAGUCGGCUCACAGAGAAGAGCGAUGUUUACAGCUUUGGUGUGAUCCUGGCAGAACUACUGACAAGGGUGACAUCAGUUUUUUCUUCUCAUUCGUCAGAAUGCACAAGCCUAGCAUCACAUUUUGUGUCUCUUGUAAGAGAAAAUCGCUUGUUAGAUAUUCUAGAUAUACAAAUUGUUGAGGAGGGAGGGACUGAAGAUGCUGAGGUCGUUGCAAGACUCGCAGAAUCAUGCUUAAGUUUAAAAGGUGAAGAAAGGCCUACAAUGAGGCAAGUGGAUACAAAACUUGAAGAUGUGCAGAACUCAAAGGUCCAUCUCAGUUGUCAGAUUACAAGAGUGAACCAGAAUGCUAUAAAUGAUCAGUCAUACAAGGGAAGCAAAGGUGGCGAAGGAACUAGACUGUACAGCUUGGAAAAGGAAUUCAUCCAAUCAUCUGAAAUUCCAAGAUGAUUUGACAUGUUGAAGUUUUGUGUAUUAUUAAUUUGGGUGCUAUACUGCAAAUCCAAAAGUUAUGAAGUCUGAAUUAUAACCAUGUGCGUUUUCCCUAUGCUGAUGGGGCAUGUUGAGCCAAGUAUGUGAAAGUAAAUAAGUGAAUUCAAUUACAA